GUGGUUGAUUUGGGGUGGAGAGAGAGUGUGUGUGUGUGUAGAAAGAAUAGCACGAUAAAAUGGUCCAGCUCGCACACACAAACACACACACACACACUUAAAAUCUCAGCCUCAGAGGGGGUUGCGGUAUUGACCAACCGACUUCAGGGCGGACGUGGGGUGUAGGUGAUGGGAGGAUCCGACCCGAGGUGACUCCACAAACAUUUUCGAACGUCAAAAUAGGCCCCCCGCGCGCACAAACGAACGGGUUUCGUUAGAGGAGGGUGAAGGGGAGCCUGAGCAAGAGCUUGGAGUAGAAGAGAUAGAGAGAGUAGGACAGAGUGCGCGAACGUGUACGGUGAACGAGUCGUAACCCACCGCACACACGCGCCAGUCCAGUCGCAGCCGCAGUCGGAUACCGUAGUGGACGACGUGUCGGCCCCGUUCGUCGCUUGGUUGUAACGCAAUCCGCCAGUAAAGUAAAGCCUUCCCGCGGUGGCUUCCGGUUCGUGUGUGUGUGCCUCCGUUUGUUGUGUUGUACUGUGUUUCGCGCGUUGAUCUGUGUGUGUGUGUGUACGUGGUGUUGUUGUUAUGAUCAUCAUUGCGUUUGCGGCGCGCGGCUGCAUGGAAAGUGAAAAUGUUAUGAAAUAGAUGAAAUAUUUUGCAGCCAAACCCACCCCACUUACAUCCGCCAACCUUCACACGCCCGAGCGCACUUCAAAUGCCGGUUGGGCAAAACCGUGUGUUUCGCUGAGUGUGUGUGUGUAUGUGUUUUGGUGUUUGUACGUACGCGUGCUCCCCCGUCUGUGUGUGCAGUGUCACUAGAGUGAAAGGUGUCAUUUAAUUACGAUCGUUCGAUUUACAUGCGCUAAUAGAUCACCUUGUAAGUGAGCGUAGCGUGAGCUAGUACCGGAAAAUGUGAUGGCACCAUCCUCCGCUUACCCGGCCCGGAUCUAUUAAACACUUCGUGUCGUAGCCAGUACAUACUGCCAUCACCAGCUCCUGCUGCUGCUACUGUUGCUACUCCAGUGUCUGAUAGCGGGCGAGCUGGGCAAUGCCGUGCAGGAUGCGUUUGUCAUCGCCGUCGAGCAGCAGGCCCGGGAGCGCCUUCAGCGGUUGUCCGCGCUCAAGCGGAUUACACCGGUUGACAUGUCACAGCUUUCGAUCAAACUCAAUCAGCAAAGCCAGGCGAAGGGUGGCGGCACGCAAGAUCUCAGCUUCCUGAAGGAGGCAUCGCCCAUCUACGUGACGUCACUCGCGAGCAACAGUGUUACGGGUACGAACACCAGCACGACGGUAACGGCCGGUGUGAAGACGACAUUUCCAGCGGGGGCCAACAACGCCAUCAACAACAACACCCUCAACAACAAUAACAACAGUACGGUGGGAGGCGGCGGUGUACUGAUGCAAAAUGCAACUAACAACAAUGGCACCACUAACCUGUCCAGCACCACUAACACCACCGGCAGCAGCAGCAGCAGCGGCAACGCAAGCCGGCUGCAGCAACCCGGUACCACCGGAAUGCAGGUGAACGUGGUCACUGGGCAGCCGGGAACGGGCGCAUUGGUGGCGGUCGCGGCGUCCAAAGGGUUGUCCGCGCUCGACCAGCCCAUCCCGGGCAAUAACAACAACGGCAGCGGCAGUACACUCGGUGGCGGUGCCGCACUGGCCGGUACGUCCGCCUACCACAGCCUGCACCAGCACAGUCUUGUAAAUAACAACAACCUCAACAGCAGCAAUAUCGGCAAACCCCAAGGGCUUGACGCAACCGCCAACAGUUACUAUAGUAAUCUAACUAACACCUUCCUAGCGAACGGUCAUGGUUCCAAGCGAGAGCUGGCUACACUGUCCGAGGGAGAGCUCGAGCCGCCGGACGAACCGCAGUACGAGUCGAGCGGUAACAUAUCGCGCGGUGGUACCGAAGUGCUGCUGGGAGAUCAGAACCUUCGCCAGGAAAAUCGGCCUCGCAGACGCAGCGGCUCCAGCAUCGUCGUGCUGGGCGGUGAUGACACCCUGAAGCCCUCCAUACCUAUUGAUGACUAUCAGGAGGACUUGGAAAUGUACAAUAUGUUAGCGGCAAACCAGGAUAAUGGACCACACCGGGAAAUGGCUGUCGAUGUACCUGAAUCGUUCAUAGCCAGAAACAAAACGCCUCCGCGCUAUCCACCGCCACGCAGCACGGUGACGGCGGCGUCGGCGGCGGCCAGCACACCGGCAACACCCGCGUCCACCCAGGUAAAUCACGUUUCCAACGCAAUGCCUCAGGUUGCGAAGCACCACCACCACCACAACCACCAUCAUCAGCAACAGCAACAUCCAAACCAUCAUCUUCAUCAUCAUCAUCCACCGUCGUCGGUGCAUCACAACACCCACCAUCAUCACGGUGGUGGUGGCGUGUCACUCGAGCUGGAACCGCUCGAUUCGUACAGUGAGCGGCACCUGUCCUCGCUGGACAGCAGUAGCCAGGAGUACGUGAAGAAGGGUAUUAUCAGCGGGGGUGGCGUUGGCGGCGGUGGCUCCAGCAAAGCACCGUCGUCACUCGGUUCGGUCACGAGCGAGUUCGAACCGUCGCUGAAUGGGUUCGGGCCACUGCACGGCAAGCACCACCACCACAGCACCGUCGGCGGUGGUGGUGGUGACUUGCUGCGCGGUUCGCUCAGCACCAACCGCAGCCCGUCGCCGUCGUCGUCGGGCGAUCUCGGACCGCCCGAGUACGAUGUGGGACCGCACCGGGAGCUGCCGGUCGACGUGCCGGACAGCUUUGUCGAGAUGGUGAAGGGGCCGCCCCGCUAUCCGCCACCCAAGCCGCUGAUCAUUAAAGACGCGAUCCGUAAGAAAGAAUCAUGCUCAUCCAGCGAAUCGAUUGAUAAGCCCAAACCGCAAACACAGUCACCGUCGCCGCCGGCGCGUAACGAGCUCAAUGGCUCGUCGAAACCGGUGCCACCGCCCCGGGAUCAUCUGCGGAUAGAGAAGGACGGCCGGCUCACCAAUCGCGCACCAGUACCAGCUCCACAAGUGCCAGAUCGUAAGAUUGUGCCGAACGCAUCAUCACAGCACCAGCAUAUCGGCCAGGUCCUGGAACCGACCCCGGAUCAGUUAGAUAGCAUUAAGAAGUUCCAGGAGCAACUGCGACGGCGAAGGGAGGACGAGGAGCGGAUAGCGGCCCAGAAUGACUUCCUGCGGAACAGUUUGCGCGGCUCGCAGCGGCUCCGCGCGCUGCAGGACAACCCGAUCGAGAAGCCGCCGGUCGGCGUCGACAACGAGGCGUACGCGGACGAUGAGGUGGUGGCGGUGGCAGCGGAGAAGAUUAUCGGGUACGGCGAGCUGGUGGCGGCACUGCAGCGACUCCAGGGGCACCUCAACAAGCACGGCCUGGCGGCACUCGCUGGCCGGGUGACGGCAGCCCAGAGCCUGCUGCUCGGUCCGGGCAUCGCGCGGGCCCUGGCCGUCCGGACGGCGGUCCUCGAGCGGCGGCGCCCGAAGAUACCGAACCCCAUCUGCCCCAAUGCUCAAGCGCUAGCGAAGGAUUGCGUCGAAUCGCUGGCCCAGUCCCGCUCGCAAACCGCGAUCGAGCUGUGCGAUCUGCUGUCCACGUACGAGAUGGAGGGUCUGCUGCUGGCGCACGAUCGGAUCGCCUCGACCACGGACCGUUCGCCGAUCGCUUCGUACGGUGGCAGCCCGAUCACCGUCCCGGUGCCGCUCGGCACGGCCAGCAACAACACCACCAGCAACAACACCACCACCAGCAACAACAGCAUCAACAAUAACACCUUGACCAGUGCGGUGAAACCGGCCACUGUCAUGCCAUCAAUUCCAAAUAACGCUAGUUUAGUGAACAAUAACAAUAACAACAUCGCUAAGAGGGAACCAAUGAGUGUGCCGCUCGGGGUGCUGCGCGACGGCAGCCAGGACCACAUCAAGAUCAUCCAGAUCGAAAAGUCGUCCGAGCCGCUCGGUGCCACCAUCCGGAACGAGGGCGAAGCGGUCGUGAUCGGGCGGGUCGUGCGGGGCGGUGCGGCCGAAAAGUCCGGCCUGCUGCACGAGGGCGACGAAAUACUCGAGGUGAACGGGAUCGAGAUGCGCGGCAAGUCGGUGAACGAUGUGUGCGCCCUGCUCGGCUCGAUGACCGGCACGCUCACGUUUCUGGUCGUGCCGGCGGGCGUACCGCAGAUACUGCCCGGGCUCGGUAUGCGCGAUCCGCCCGUGCUGCACGUGCGGGCCCACUUCGACUACGAUCCGGAGGACGACCUGUACAUACCGUGCCGGGAGCUGGGCAUCAGCUUCCAGAAGGGUGACGUGCUGCACGUGAUCUCGCGCGACGAUCCGAACUGGUGGCAGGCGUACCGGGAGGGCGAAGAGGAUCAAACGCUCGCCGGGCUGAUACCGAGCCAGUCGUUCCAGCAUCAGCGCGAAUCGAUGAAGCUGGCGAUCGCGGGCGAGGUGGGGCUGCGCACGCGCAAAGACAUCAACGGGAAGGCGGGCGGCGGCUCGACCCUGCUGUGCGCCCGCAAGGGCCGGAAGAAGAAGAAGAAGGCCAGCAGCGAGCAUGGGUACCCGCUGUACGCGACCGCCACCGCGGACGAUCCCGACCCGGAGGAGAUACUCACGUACGAGGAGGUGGCACUGUACUACCCGCGUGCCUCCCACAAGCGACCGAUCGUGCUGAUCGGGCCGCCGAACAUUGGGCGGCACGAGCUGCGCCAGCGGUUGAUGGCGGAUUCGGAGCGCUUUGCCGCGGCCAUUCCUCAUACGUCGCGAGCUCAGCGGGAGGGCGAAGUGCCGGGCCAGGACUAUCACUUCAUCUCGCGGCAACAGUUCGAGUCGGACAUCCUGGCCCGCAAGUUUGUCGAGCACGGUGAAUACGAGAAAGCGUACUAUGGCACAUCGCUGGAAGCGAUCCGAGCGGUGGUCGCUAGCGGCAAGAUAUGUGUGCUGAAUCUGCACCCCCAGAGCCUUAAGCUGCUGCGCUCGUCCGAUCUGAAGCCAUACACCGUGCUGGUGGCACCGCCCAGCCUGGAAAAGCUGCGCCAAAAGCGGAUACGAACCGGUGAACCUUACAAGGAAGAAGAACUGAAGGAAAUCAUUGCCACCGCACGAGACAUGGAGGCACGCUGGGGCCAUCUGUUUGAUAUGAUCAUCAUCAACAAUGAUACCGAGCGGGCGUACCAUCAGCUGCUGGCCGAGAUCAAUUCGCUCGAGCGGGAACCGCAGUGGGUCCCGAGCAGCUGGCUGCACAACUAGGUACCAUCGCGGCACAGAAGUCGCUCGCCGUGGGCAUCAUAGCAGCUGGGCUGGCCACAGCUGGCUAGGUAUAGGGCGGGAUUGGAGGGAUCUUACCGAGGAUGCAAGUCGAUCAGUCCCACGUAGCACGUGGAUUUGUAGGGAAACACCACAUUGCGUUAGGGAAGCUAUUCCAGCUGUAUGGGGAAGAACGGGCUUUAGGACCCGUCCGAACAAAUCAAGUACAGUGUAAACCGUAGGUAAUCACCACCAGAAGUCCAGAAUGUCGGUGUUAAGACCCGGAGCGAAUCUUCUUACCUAGACAUCCUAGCGAAAUCGUCAACUAUCGUACGUCGUACUCCCCCGUUUAAAACUCAAUAGAUUCUUAUUAUACAUAUGCAUAUAGAUACAUAUAUAUAUAAAUACAUACAUAAAUGUACGUAUCACUAUA